AAAAAUAUUGUAAUUAAAAAUGGAUGAAAACGUAGUGCUUGCGAAUAUAGCAGCAAUAAUUACAAAAGAUAUUCUAUUUGAUGAUAAAAACUAUUCCGGCGUACAGCAAAAAUUUAUGCAAACAAAUUUUCACGGAAAAAAUCCCUCAGGCACGAAGUUGGACGAGGACGAGGAGUUUUAUCUGCAGCAAACAAUAUUUAAUAAUAAGAAUCACACACAAAAUCCAACAAACAAAUGUCAGACAAAUCAAAAGAAACGCAAAAUGCAUGAUUUUUCUACUUCAAAACCAAAAUUUUCAAGGCAAACGUUAGAUAAAAAUAUUGAAAUCAAGGAAUUAAAUUUAUUAAAUGAUUUCGAAUCGAAUGACUUCGAAAAUCAACUUCACAUGUCAAAAAAUACUUUCAUUAGUAUUUUCCAAAUGGUGCGCGUUCUAUUAGCAAAAAAAUUCUCGAAGAGAACGAUCCCUUCACAGACAGUAUUCUCGCUGGCCAUGUGGAAAUUAACAACCGAUGAGCAUUUUGAAGAAAUUUCGCGUAAAUUUGAAAUUCCCUUGAAUACCUGCAUUGAAGUUAUUCGACAAUUUUGGAAUAUAAUAGCAUAUAAUUAUGAAACUUUCAUUAAAUGGCCAAAGACACAACAUGCACAACAAACUACCAUGAAUGAUUUUAAAAUGCGUCCAGAGUUGUCACAAUUUCCAAAAUGUAUUUUCGGUAUUAUAACACUAAAACGUUUAGACAUUUUUCUAGAAACCGAAAAUGAAGAAAUGCCAAUUAUAUUACAAAUAAUCUCCAAUGCCAAAAAUGAAAUCAUAGAUUGUUUCGUUGAGUUUGCACAGAAAUAUAAUUUCGAUGAAACACCCAUUGGACUGGCAUUAAGUAGAAAAACAAUACCUGAAAAUAGUUUCUUAAUUGGUAAUAAAUAUUUUCCACUUAAGCACUAUUUAUUACGUCCUUUUGAACAAGGGUGCACCUCAAAGCAAGCGGCUUUUAAUAGUCUGCUAGAACCAGCUUUGAAUAUGGGCACUCGCGUGCUAGAUAAUAUUGCCAAACGCUUUAAUGUACUCUAUGCGCUUGAAGCUAAGGAUUUGGUUGAGGUACGUAGAAUAGUGGAAACUAUUUGUUCGCUACACAAUUUAUGCAUUGACAAUGAAGAUGGUUAUGUGAAGAAGAAAAAGGAAGCAAAUAAUUUCAAUUGGGCGAGCAGUGGCAAAGCACCAAACGUACGAAUCGGUGAGACUAGUUUCGGCAAUAAGAGACGUGCUGAUUUAGUUGAAACUAUAAUAGGCAAGUAGAAGUUAAGAUGUUAAAAAAAAUAUAGUUAAAGGUUAUAGUACGUUUUCACUGACUUUAUUACACCAGUUAACUUACUUGAGAUUCAAGUAAUUCAAGCGAUCUGAACUAAGUUAACUGGUCUGACGAAACCAGUGGAAGCAUACUAUUAGGUAAAUAUGAUAGCUGUUAGUCAUGUAUAGACAAAUUGAGACGUAAAAAUAGUUUAGUAGUAGGCAACGUGUAAGAUAGCGACACAUUUACGAAUCUACAUAGUACUUAAAUCUAUACCUAAUAUUUUAAUUGCUCUUAGAUUUAAAUAAAUUAUUUAAAAUUUAAAUAUUUAUUAAAAUACAUUUGAUUCACUACAUUUAUACAUUUGCAAACAUUCAUUACUUAAAUAAAAUAUGUAUUACUAUUACUUUUAGUUACUUUAUUAUAAAGUCUACAAUUAUUUGUCCGUACUUGCUUGCAUA